CGAAGACGAUGGAAAAGAGCUAGAGCGAUAACAGUAUGGACGAAAAUUCGCAGAAGCUCGACAACACUGGCUACGAAUCAAUGACUCUGUUAUUCAAGAAGCAGGGUCUCUGCAAAGAAGAGAAUCUGAACCAAGUCUGGAAGAAAGAGGUGGAAACAGUCUUUGAAUCUCAUGGCCUUUCAUGCGAAUUGAACUGGGAUGAGUGUAAGAUGACUGUUAGUGCAACAGAACGUACCCAGGACCGAAGGAUCAUUUACAGGGGUGCACGUGCUCUCUGUGUUCUGGCAUGUGGUCUUGGCACUGAAUGGGUUGAACCAAUCGUCUCCGGCAGUGUCCAUAGUGAUGUCAUGAAAAUUACAAUACCAGAUGGCAUGACUGAGGAUGAUUUUUCAAGCAAGUAUCAUGAUUUCAUAUUCAAAUUUGAAGACAAAUUUGGACUACCUCGAAAGCUGUCCUGCUUUGUUCUUUAUCAAGAAGCAGCUGUUGUUGUUCUUUCCGAUAAAUUUGGGUCAACAAGUAUAGUCAGGAAUCUUGUGACUAGUUGUCUUCUUGGCGAUGAUCCUUUUGAUGAAGACCAUUUUCAUGAAGUGUUCCUUGAUGAUGUUUAAAGCUCCGAAUAGAUGAAGAUUAGACAAGAUCAGAUUAUGUGUUAUGCAGCUCCAGCAGACUUGCUCUCUGGUGACUUAAACUGCACUUUAUGGGCCAUAUGCACGAUACAUAGUUUCUUCACUUUCUUGCCACUUAUAUUUUAGGGUUUCUUUUUACC